AUGUGGAACAAGUUCUUGAUAGAAUGGAAUGGUAUUUCCCUCUUCCACGACCUCCACAUCUCACCUACCCCAGACAUUGAGCUUUUCACUGAUGUGGCGGCUACAAUUACCAAGUUCCAAGCCCUGGCGCCACAUGCUCAACCACACCCACUCCAGUGCCCCCCCAGCUCGCAAUUGAAAAAUGUCACUGUUAAGACCUACCUAGCUGGCGUGAGGUUCUUUUACCUGCAACGUGGCAUUACCACAAUAUUCGACUAUCGUGGAUCUGGGGCGUUGAACAGACUGCAGUCCAUCAUGAGAGGUUACAAGAAGUUGCAAGCUCCUACUCCAAGAAAACAACUUCCCAUCACCUUCACAGUGUUGGCGCGAAUCGUGUGUACACUGCGUGCAGGAGUACUUGGACCGUUAAAUGACCUUGUAAUGGAAUGCAUGUGCUUAACUGCCUUCUUCGGGUUUCUCAGAUGUGGAGAAAUCACGUGUGCUGCCAGGUUUGAUCCCAGUGCUAAUAUUUGUUUGAGUGACAUCAAGUUUGACUUCGCUAAGAGAAAGUGCACUAUCCUGCUGAAAGCUUCCAAGACGGAUCCAUUUCGAGUAGGCGUCCCCAUAAUAUUGUUUUCUAAUAGUCGCUUGUGCCCGUUCUCAAGUUUGAGGAAGCUCUUCUAUACCAGAACUCUUCAGCAAGCUUCUAGUGAGGAUGCACUAUUUGUGGAUGCUCAACACACGGGCAUUGUUUCUGUCCUGGCUCAGCAGAGUGCUGACUAG